AUGUCCACGGCCUCAAGGCCCUCGCGAUCUCCACAACCCCCCGCGAACCGCCCGGCCGACCUAUCUGCGUACACGUCCGCCUACAACACCAGAAAUCCGAUGGGCUCUUCUUCAGCGGCCACGGCAGCCACCGCCGGCGCCGGCGCCGGCUGGUCGGCGUCACAAAACCAUGCAGCCAAGCAGCACGCCCGCUCCCCGCGGCGGCUGCGGUCACAGUACCCGCGGUCCUCGAUCGAGAACCAUGUCGAGUAUAUCCUGGUCGCCUCGUUCGACAUCGACCGCGGCCCCGUCAUGGAGCACCAGUACCCCGUGGCGAUCACGGGCGACGAGCACAUGCUGGCCGAGCUGAUGCUGCCGGAUCAGGCGCACGCGCGGAACCAGGACUGGACGAUCUUCUUCUUGCACAAGGAUACGAGCCAGGAGGAGGACGAGGAGGAGCAGAAGGAGAAAGAGGCGAGGCGGAGGCGGAGGAAGAGGAGGCGAGACCGGGCGAUGGGGAUCCUGCCAGCUGAGGGCGAGGAGGACGAGGAUGACGGGUAUCCGGAUGACGACGACGACGAUGAUGACGACGACGAUUGGAGCGAUGAUGGCUCGACGGCGUCGGAGCCGGAAGGUGGUGAGGGCCCGCCUCUGAUAUACGUGCUCAACUUGGUCAACACGAAACACGACAAGACGGUCAAGAGAGGCGCCAUUGUCAAGACAAUGGCGAUAUGCACGAGGCAUCCUUUCUUGCAUAUAUACAAGCCACUAUUAUUGCUCGCCCUUGAGGAGUACUUCAAGGCGCCAGUACCAGAAACACUUGCGAUGCUGUACGAAGCAGUCAACAGCAUGGAUCUCUCUCUGAUGCCCAAGCUCAGCCUCCUCGAGCGCAACCUCCUGCAGGCUAGUGACAACAAGGACCUCUUUGUGGAGAAGUUUGAGCAAAUCAUUCAGAGGCGCAUGAAUCGCGGCCCUACAUUGACUGAGCGCGGCUCACCAGAGGUUCCCAAGGGCGCACCGAGACGACCGGCGAUACAGCGUGCUGGCACGAAAGCCCAUCUUGAAGGACAUUCGGAAUUCGCGGUGCCUCGUGAUACUCACGAGUUUGAGAGCAAAGUCAUGUACAAGGGCAUCCCCAUCCCGGUCAAGGUCCCGACUGCCAUCAUGCCCGAGACGGUGGGCGACUUUUCGCUCGUCAAGCUGAUCCAGCAGUUCUCGGAACCCCAUACCAAGGCACCGCAGCCAUUCAACACGCAUCCGCACUUGACGACGAAUGGACCCUUGACUCACCCCAUCAUUGUUCUGGCCAAUGCUCUGUUGACACAAAAGCGCAUCAUUUUCCUCGGGCACAACAUGCCUUCUGGUGAAGUGGCGGAGGCCGUGCUCGCGGCAUGUGCUUUGGCCUCGGGCGGUGUCCUGCGUGGCUUCACGAGGCACGCCUUCCCCUACACAGAUCUCACGAAGAUUGACGACCUGCUCAAGGUGCCGGGCUUCAUCGCAGGAGUGACGAACCCGACAUUCGAGAUGCACCCAGAGUGGUGGGAUCUGCUGUGCGACCUGCCCAGCGGCAGAAUGAAGAUCAGCAAUCGGCUAGAGCCGCUGCCGCCAACAGAAGGUCUGGUAUACUUCCAGCAGCAGAAUCCGGCAGCCGCGGCGCUGAUCAACGGCCCAUCGACCGGGGACUUGACCUCUGACACGGUAUUUAUGAAUGACAUCCUGCGGAGCAUAGCGACACGGCAGGGCGAGCGGGUGAUCCGCGCCAAGUGGAGGGACUGGGUGGUCAAGUUUGCCCGGAUGUCGGCGGCAUUCGAAGAGAGCGUGUACGGCGCCAGCGCGCUGUACAUCGGAGGAGACGAGGCCGACGCCAACACGCUGGGCAAGGGAGGGCACGGGUACGUGUGGCCGGAUGAGAGCUCGAAGCAGAAGGAGCUGGCAGGUAAUGUGCACAGGAUAGAAGGGUGGCGGAACACGAGGAGCUACUACAGCUUCAUCCAGGACCUCGCCCAGAUAUACACGAUCCGCCCGCUCAAGGGCCUGGAUCUGCACCACCUGCACGACCGGCUGCGGACGCAGCGACUGAGCCCGGCGCAGAGCCGCGAGAUCUACCUGUCGUUUGCGAACAAUGUGGUGACGUACGACGAGAUCUGCCUGCUGCUGACGGUGGCGCCCGAGUCGCACGGAGGGCUGUUUUACCUGGCGCUGGGCCUGCUGCACAAGGACCGGGACGUGCGGAUCGCGACGGCGGACCUGCUGGAGCGGAUCAGCGAGCACGAGGCCGGGCAGCACUGGUGGAAGGGGCUGAGCCGGUUCGAGAAGCUGGCGUACCAGCGGAUCCGGAGGGAUGCGGAGGGCGGAGGCGGAGGCGCAGAGCAGCUGCAGGGAGGGUUGGGAGGAGGAGGGGGAUACAUGAUCAGCGAGAGCGACAAGAGGGUUAGUUAG